CAAAAAGGAAAAAUCAAAGCAGGCAAGAAAAGCGUGCGCGUGGAUUGUGGGUUUGGUUUGGUUUUGGUUUUGGUUGAUGAUCAUCAUCGCUUUCCCUUUUGUUCAUUCUCUCAAGUCUCAUCUCUCUUUCAAAAUUUUCACCGCCUUUACGCUCUCUCUCUCUCUCUCUCUCUCUCUCUCUAUAUAUAUAUAUAUAUAUAUAUAUUUCUGUAUUUCAUAAAUCCCUCGUCUCCUAAAAGCUUUGAAAUCGAAACCGAGCGGCUUCGUCGUCUUGCAAAAUCUCUCCGAUCCAGGAAUUAUGUCGUUUACGCGAAACUUCCACCCACAAGGGGGCACAAUUUACGAUGAUUAUUGGUCCUCAUUAGAUAGAAACAAUUUCAACAAUAGUACCAAAAACAGGACCAGAAACUGUAAUUAUAUGAGGAGUUUUAGCAAUUUUAAUGAUUUUAGCAAUCCCCAAGAUUACCCAGGCAGAUAUAGGGAUUAUAACGAUAAUUCUAGUUAUGUGAAGUCUGAAAAGGCACCAUCUUGGAAGCGGAGGAAAUUCUCUUCUUCCACUUGGGGAGACACUGGCAGACCUUAUUUCCCGCCCAAUGCAUAUGACUGCGGUGUUAAUCCGGGCCCUCCCACAAGAUUCAAUUCCGAUGCCUCCACGUCGACUUCCUGCAAACGUGACCGCUCGAAGUUGGAGGAUGAUGAACCGGUCUUUAUGUCGAGGGACGAGAUUGACAGAUACUCCCCGUCGCGGAAAGACGGCAUUGAUGCCCUGCGUGAGACGCAUUUGCGAUAUUCCUACUGUGCCUUCCUUCAGAAUCUCGGAUUGCGCCUUGAUUUGCCACAAACUACUAUUGGUACUGCUAUGGUUCUCUGCCAUCGAUUUUUUGUUCGAAGGUCACAUGCCUGCCAUGAUAGAUUUUUGAUAGCUACCGCGGCUCUCUUUCUUGCUGCAAAGUUCGAGGAGACACCACGCCCUUUGAAUAAUGUGUUGAGAGCAUCUAGUGAAAUUUUCCAUAAGCAGGAUAUGAAUUUCUUGUCGUUUCUGCUCCCUGUUGACUGGUUUGAGCAGUAUAGGGAGCGGGUGAUCGAGGCUGAACAUAUGAUACUUACUACUUUAAACUUCGAACUGAAUGUGCAGCAUCCUUAUGGUUCUCUUACAUCUGUUCUUAACAAAUUAGGUCUUUCGCAAACUGUCUUGGUGAAUCUGGCACUAAACUUGGUCAGUGAAGGGAUCCACACAAGAUUAGCGUGCUGCCCUGUUUUUCUUAGCUGGAGGAUUGAUAUGCCGUUCUUGGAAAGUUUUGUUUUUUGCAUCUGAAGUAAAUUGCCAAUAUAUUGCGGAUAACUUGACCUUAAAUAUCACCGCCUUUUGUUGGCUAUUAAAAUUACCCACCAAACCCAAAUUUGUUUUCCUAUCUUACCUCUAACUUGCUUUCUAACUAUCUUUUAGUGGAUUUUCUUUGCAUAAAUCCUCUUAAGUCGCAGACGUAAGAGUUUGUGACAUAUUUCUUCCAAUCCACUUCGUUUUGGAAAACCAUUGUUUAGCAAGGAUUGGUAUAUAGUUUUCGUCCUUCCUGUGACAAUGGCCUUUUUUGUGACAUAUUUCUUCCUAUCCACUUCGUUUUGGAAAACCAUUGUCUACGCAAGGAUUGGUAUAUAGUUUUCGUCCUUCCCGUGACAAUGGCCUUUUUGGAAUGUGGAUAUUGGAUACUGCGUAUCAUUUUACUAACUACUUAACACUGAUGACAGACAUGAUCAUGUACUGGAGACCGUUUAGGUCAGUAGAGAAAUUUCCUUGUUUUUAAAAUUUUUGCACUUUGAUUAACUUUAUGGCCUGUUUAAGUUAUUUUUAAAACUAUAUCAUAUACUAUAUAUAUAUUUCCGAAAAACUAAAGCUUCUUGAGCCCUGAGAAUUCUAAUGUUUCUUCUUUUUGAAUAUCAGGAUUGUCAGUUUGAUUUUCACUUGCAAAUGCAACCCAUGAUUGGUCCAGCAUUUUGAUUUGUCAUAGAAGUUUUACAUCUGGUCUCUAUGUCUCGAGAGGUUGUGGCUGGCUGCUCACCUUGAAUCCUCUAGUUAUUGUUGAUUUAAAGGGCGCG